GUCAGGGCGGAUCAACCAUUUUCCCGCCUCGUCAUCAUCGCUGGAAGAUCCGAGCUCAAUCCCCGCUCCUCCGCUCUCUUUGACGCUGCGGUGCGGAGACUGGCUAACCUCCUGCGAAUUUGCUCUUGAGGACUUUUGAUAUUGCUGUUCUUCUGCUCAAAACAGCCUACGUCCGUAUUUUCGAAGAUCAUCCAGCUCAGCUUCGCAGCAUCCCCGGAGCACCCCGCCCACCCCGCCCACCAUGCAGUCCGUCCCGGAGUCACGCCAGCAGACCUUUGAGGAGAUCUAUGGCCCCCCGGAGAAUUUCCUCGAGAUUGAGGUACGCAACCCUCAAACUCACGGAACCUCCCGCAACAUGUACACCUCCUACGAGAUCGUCUGCCGAACCAACAUUCCCGCCUUCAAACUCAAGCACUCCGUCGUGCGCCGCCGGUACUCUGAUUUCGAGUACUUUCGUGAUAUCCUAGAGCGCGAGAGCACGCGCGUGACAAUCCCCCCACUACCGGGCAAGGUGUUUACCAACCGGUUCAGCGACGACGUCAUUGAGCACCGACGCGAGGGGCUUCAGCGGUUCCUGCAGAUUGUUGCGGGUCACCCGCUGCUGCAGACGGGAAGUAAGGUGUUGGCCAGUUUCAUACAGGAUCCCAACUGGGACCGCAAUGCGUGGUAGAUUUGUAGAGCAUCACGUGCCCGACUUUCCUUUGUGAUUAUUUCUUGCCUUUUCCAUCUACUCAGCAACUUGAGCGAUGUGCCUUUUUGUUUUUGUUUUCCCGAGUUUUAUUGUUUUUCUCCUGUUUCUAUCGCAGGAUUGGUGUCUCCACAAAAGGAACUGACAGGUGUAUGCUAUUUGGUCACUCAUCAUGCGCUUGGUUCAAUAGUUUGAUAUCCGAUCUUGUUCCGCACU